AUGGCCAUGGCACCCGCUUGGAUGGAAGCAAACAGCGAUUCCAACGCGUUGAUGCUGACUGCGUCCUUUCUUGUGGUAGUCGUGAGCUUUGCCUGGUUCUACCAGCAACGUGCGUCCCACCGAGUGGAUGCGAUGUUGACGCUUGUGAAAAGUGACGUCACUGCCAUGCUACAACUGCAUGGACGAGAUCUACAGCAACGCUUGGAGACGCACUCGACACAAGUAUGCCAGUUACUUGAGGACCUCAAACAAUCUUCGACGACACAACCAGUGCCUGAUACCCCGAGUGACCUCAAGGACUUCGUCACUGGCGACUUCAAGACCUUCACUGACGACAUCAAGCAGGAAUUCAUGCAAGUUGCAAGCCGAAUGACUGAAUUGGAACGACUUCUCCAACAAUUACCUGUGCAGGUGAAUUCAAGCAUUGAAGACUCCCGUGCCAAAAGUCACAAGAUGACCAAAUCGAGCGUCCAGGAGAUCUUCGAUCUAGGACAAGGUUCACUACAGACGUGGAUGACCUCUGAGCUGCAAGCAAGACUGGAUAGUAUAAUUACUGUCCUGACUGGUGUGCAGGCUGAGUUGACCCUGGUCUCUGACUCCACCCGCCUGGACAUGCUUGAAAAUGACCUGAAGGAAGCAGUCAAGAUGGUGGACGAGCACCUCAACAACUUCAAGGACUUCAGGAUCAACGAGUCUAGCCAGCAUCAGGCAGUGGUUUCGCUGGCGAAACAGACUCAAUCAAUGAUGUCGUCGAUGCGCUCUGACAUUCUACAACCCUUGCAGUACCUGCACAACAAUGCGGCAACCCAUGGACAAGUACGAGGCAUCGAACAAAACCUUGACCUGGCGAACCAGAACGUGUGGUCAAAUCAAGGCCACCUUAAAGGCCAAGACGACUCCCUUGCAGAGCUCAGCAAUAUGGUGGAAAAAAUUCAACAAGUCCUACUGAAGGUCCAGACUCAAAUGGAGAAGAUCAUCUCGCGGCUCACACCACCACAACAGAAGGCGCCGCCACCAACUCCGCCAAGUCAACCAGCACAGGACCUUCCGGCGCAGGAUCCAUCACCAGUACCGAAGAGUUCGGCGUCGACCAGUUCUACACCCUCGCCGAUUUCACCACUGCAAGGAGGAGCACAACCUGACGUGCCCAUACUGAGGAUUCAAGAAUCCUUGCCCCUGCGCCAGCCGGUGUCACUGUUUGCCAACCUGCCUCAUGGGCCCCCCAUGCACCUGAGCAGUACACUGCAUCAUGAUCCAAGGGCGAGAGAAGCACUGGCCUACCUCGCACAGAUCUGUGGUAUGAUGCCCUGA